AUUCAAAAAAGUGCAUUAUUUUAAUCAUGAAAAAAAAACUCUUACUGAUUUUGUUUACGUAACUUUAUUACAUAACGUUGCAAUAAAUUUCAGAUUCAUAUUGGUGAUACUGGUUUUAUUGUGUCUGGCUUCGAUAUGGUCUAAUGUCAUAGCAUUCAAUUUUGUAAUUGUAUGCAUGAAUAAUAAAAAUGAUACACUGAUUACUUACAAUACGAGCGCCGAUCCAAAUUUAUUUACAACUACGCAACGCACGUACUUGACAUCAGCUGUUGCUGGAGCUACUUUAGUAGCAAAUUUCCCUUUAGUAUGGCUAGUAAAUCGUUUUGGAAUUCGAUACAUUUUCACAAUACUUGGAGUGCUUUCUUCUUUAGCUACCUGCAUUUUACCUUUAGCUAUUAUGCAUGGAUAUUACUAUUCUUUAGGAGCACGUAUCUUGCAAGGCAUUGCUUUGGCUAGCAGUUUUCCGGUGAUUGGAGCGUUUACAUCUCACUGGACUUACUAUAAACAGAAUGGCCUGUUUGUUAGUAUUCUCGUUGCAUAUUUGCAACUUUCACCAGCCUUAACAAUGCCUCUCAGUGGCGCACUGUGCUCUUCUACACUGUCUUGGCCUUCUGUAUGCUACGUACAUGGUGUUGCAUCCCUAUUAUUAUUCAUUAUCUUUGUCAUUUUUUACAGAAACAGUCCUUACAAGCAUCCGUUUGUCAAUGCAAAAGAGCGACAAAAGAUUGCUGUAGGCAAGACAGAAUGUUCAAAAGGUGAAAUAACUCGUGUACCUUAUUAUGGUAUCCUAAAAACAGGAUCAGUAUGGGCUGUAUGGAUCGCUGCUGUGGGAAAUUUCACUUGCGUGAAUAUGCUUUUUCUAUACUCACCAAAUUACCUACAUGGUGUACUUGGGAUGCCAAUGGCCGGUACUGGCAUUGCUGCUGCGGCUCCACCGUUGCUACAAUUCAUUAUUAAAGUUGCCGCUGGUUUUUCUUCUGAUAAAAUCAAAUGCUUAUCGGAAACUGGAAAGUUGCGAGCAUAUAAUUCGAUAGCAUUUGUAGGAUGUGCAAUAUUCUUAUCAAUUUUGUCAUUUAUUCCGGCAUCUCAAGGUUUUUUGGCUACUGCCUGUCUUGGACUUGCAGCUGGCUUUCUUGGUUUUACAACUGGUGGUUUCUUCAAAGCAGCUCCACUUGUAUCUAGACAAUUUAGUCCCUUUGUCACAGGGAAUGUUUCAUUAGGAAUAACUAUAACAAUGCUCAUAGUGCCAGUAAUGGUUUGGGGACUUGCACCAGCUAACGAUAUUGUAGGGUGGCAGAAAGUAUUCCUCGCUACGGCUGCUACUUUACUCAUAACAAAUGGCAUAUUUUCAAUACCGCAACCUUCUUUAAGUUCAAUUUCAGCUCCAAUGGAAAGAAAAAAUAGAAUCCAGUUAAACUGA